AUGUUUUCCAAUAUAUCUUAUUUUUCGAAAUCUGGAGAUCAAAACAGUCCAGGUGAAUAUAGACGAGAAGAGUCUCCUUCGCCAAAUUAUUAUGCUAAUGAACCAUCAAAAAGCAUAGAUUUCGAAGCAAUUGAGCCUGAUUCCACAUCAAAACCUACGUCCACAAGCUUAAAGUUACCUGCGUCAAUCCAAAAUUUCACAGCAAGUAAAGGAUCCCUGUCAGACACAGAUCUGCUUAACAUUGAUGUCUCUAAGAGCCGGAGAUCUAAACAGUUGAAGCUGGAUAUAAAAAAGGCAAGUCAGUCCUUGACGGAGAAUUUGUAUUACACGGACAGUGCGUAUAUUGAGAAUACACCGAAACAUAUCUCGCUGGACUCAAAAAGUGCAGAUUUGUUCAGUGAAAAGUUUAGAAAAUUAAAUUUCAAUAAUUCCUUUGAUUUUGAUAUGACAUCUGAAUCGUCUGAAGAUGAACUGGGUAUUGAGUCACUAUCUGAAUGCUCAGAUACUGAUAUUUCAAUAAAAAAUGAUAUUGAAAAGUUGGAAAUUAGAAUGUGUAGGAAAGUUGAUUCCAAAUGUGAGACCGCACCCCUUCCUUCUGUUACUCCUGAAUCUUUUGGAGAUGUGGAAUUGGAUAAAAAUGAAGAAGAUAGAGUAUUAUUGCUUUUGAACUACCAAAUGAAAUUUGAGAAAAUUGAACGUCUUUUAAAGAAACUCCUCAGUGAAUUCCAGUUCCACAUUGAGGUGUCAAAAAUUUUUAAUGGCAGGUCCAUUAUGACCGUUCUGGCUGGCACUGAUGUUUCUAACAUUCCAAAGGAUUUGGGACAAGUUAUGUAUAUGGAUAAUGUAAAAUGUGAGAGUCCUACGGACUCCUGGAACGUUGUAAUCGAAAAAGAAGAUAACAACACUAAAAUAAAGUUCAGGAAACAGAUAUUGUCUCUCAAAAAUUGCUUAGACCAAUUUGCAUACAAUUACUUGCAAACUUUAGACGCUGAAGAUGGCAAACGUCAAAGAAUGAAGAAAAGUAUCACCUUCGACCUUCAUAAAGGGCAGCGUAUUCAUAAAAACAUGAAAAUGUCAACCAAAAAACGCAUGAGACACUUUGAUUUUCCUGAUUACAGAGACGCUUUCUUAAAUUUAUUUGAUAUAGAUACAGCAGAUGGAACUGAUAUACAAAUGCAGCAAAAUCAUGAUGAGUGUUUACAGAAAUGCUGCUGCAACUGUCACAACCCAUCUCUGGACCACUCGGACGACUCUGGUCUUACUACGAAAACUGAGAAUCUAUCAAACCAAUCAAUCACUUCAUCAAUUGGGAACUUCAGCUUAGAUUCUAUUACACUGUCUGCUUACUCCGAGUCAUUGGACCAGAUCAUAAGUUACAACAGCUUCCAGGACACCAGUCUCCUCAACACGCUCUUGCAGAAGCCAGCGAUUGAACGUAUUACUUUUUAUGUGCAAGUUCAUAGUAUCCAAUUGACAUGUGAGGCGGGUGAUGGUUAUGAAUCCAAAAGUACAAUUACUUUUCUCUGCCCUGCUUGUGAAAUAACUGAAAUUGAAGAAGAUGAAUUGCUGAGGCAUAUUCUGAGCCAGACACAUUGCGAAAAAAUUCAUUUUCUCUACAAGACUGCAUACAUAAAGAAAUGUGUUGCAAGCGGAAAGGAAAUUCAGCCCAGUACAGUUUUGAAUCCCAUGAGAUUAUAUCGGGAUGAUAAUAAAAUUGUUUGCUUUGGUGAUGCUGUCUAUGCAUGUUCGCUGUGUUUUGAAAAUUUCAUUGUGGGUGAGUCUAUUCUUAUGGCUCACUGCAAUGAUGAAACCCAUUUGGAGCGUAGAGAUAAGUUGUCUGAGUUAUACGAGUGA